CAGGCCCCUCCUCAGUGCUCUGCUCAGUGAUGGAGCCUCCUCCCUCCCCUGCCACACACUGAGCUGGCUCCGGCAAGCCUAGCAUCACUUUUCAUUCAGCCACCUGCACUGGGAGAACGUGCAAUGUUGUCUGCAGCCUGGGCAGCAGCUGCCAGCCCGGCGUGGUGUGUGGCAUGAGAAGUAAGUGAAGUCUUGGAGCCCAUGCAUGCAGACACGUGUUGCAUACAGAGUUGGUGUUGCACCCUGACAGCCACUGCACCUGGAUUUGAGAUGGAGAAUGGCACAUUCUGCAGUACUGCAUGGGGCAGCUUCUCAGGAACUUUAGCUCCAAGUUGGGUCAUAGCAGGUAAAAAGAAUAUUCUACAACUGAGCAAUUAUAAUUUUCUGGAUGAAGGGCCUGAUUCAGAGAUGUACGCAAAUGCAUAUGAAAAUUCCACAGUUGCUUGGACUUGUAUUGAGACGCCCAGUGGCGGCUUGCCAAUCCCAGUAGCUAUAUACAGUACACAGACACUGGGUCAGUCACAGAUCAGUCGACUAUCAAACAUCACAGAGCAUGGCUGCAGGAAAUAAAACACCGGAGCCAAUGCAGCUAUGUAUGGGAUCGCAAUUGCAGGCUGAACCACGUAGCGAAAUCAGUCACGACAUGUCUGCAUUUUGGCCACCACUCCCCUUAUCCGCCCAAAUAGUCCUUGACUGUCAAUCACUUUGCAAAUAAAUCCAGCAUGUUUGAAAAUCUCGAGUCAGCUAUUGCCACCGAAAAAUGAUCGGAAUCAUCAAGUUGGGAAUUUUUAACAUUGUGUAUUUUGCCGAUCACUUGAGAAAUCACCGAUCAUCGGAGUCUCCUGAUCGAAUUCUACUUGUAAAGCAUCCACAGGAUGUGAUUGACAGAGAUCAUUAUGACUCUUCUCGGAGGGGAAAAUUCAGACUAUGACUAUAGUGCUCUAAGCUGCGCUUCAGACACAUCUUUCAACCAGAGCUUCUUCACGGAGGCAGAAUCUCUAAAAGGAAUAUUUUACAAGAGGGCCAGGCUCAUUCAGCCAGGAGAGGACCUUUUUAAGAGUGUCCACGUCGAUGACCGCAAGCACCACGCCAUUAUAAAUGUGGGCGGCAUCAGGUAUUUACUUCCAUGGACAACUCUUGAAGAGUUUCCGCUAACACGCUUGGGACAGCUUAAGCUAUGCAGCAAUUUUGAUGAGAUUUUAAGUAUUUGUGAUGAUUACGAUGUGACUUGCAAUGAGUUUUUCUUUGAUCGAAAUCCUGGCGCUUUCAGAACUAUCCUGACUUUCCUGCGUGUGGGGAAAUUGCGGCUCCUGCGUGAAAUGUGCGCUCUUUCUUUCCAAGAGGAGCUCCUGUAUUGGGGAAUUGAGGAGAACAAUCUGGAGUGGUGUUGUAAAAGAAGGUACAUUCAGAAGAUGGAGGAGUUUGCAGAACUCAACCUACGGGAGGAUGAGCUGAUCGAGAAUGAAAACCCAUCAGAGCCCGAGGAUGAGAGCCGAUUAAACAUGUGUAUGCGUCACCUUGGAGACAUGGUAGAGAAACCGCAAUCUGGACUGCCUGGGAAAAUCUUUGCUUGUUUGUCCGUGUUAUUUGUAACAAUCACAGCGGUGAAUCUUUCCAUCAGCACCAUGCCAGAUUUAAGGGAAGAGGAGGAAAAAGGGCAAUGUUCCAGUAUGUGCUACAACAUCUUCAUUGUGGAGUCUGUAUGUGUGGGCUGGUUCUCUCUUGAGUUCAUCUUGCGGUUCAUUCAAGCUCCCAGCAAGUUUGCAUUUUUGAGGCAGCCGCUGAAUCUCAUAGACAUUGUGGCCAUUCUGCCUUACUAUAUCACGCUGGUCGUGGACAACACAUCAACGGGACAGAAGAGACCUGGAUCAGGAAAUAGCUACCUGGAUAAAGUAGGCCUUGUGCUGCGCAUACUCCGUGCCUUGAGAAUCCUGUAUGUGAUGCGCCUUGCCAGACACUCAUUGGGGCUACAGACAUUAGGCCUUACUGCCAGGCGCUGCACUCGCGAGUUUGGCCUAUUGCUGCUGUUUCUCUGUGUAGCCAUAGCCCUUUUUGCACCCUUACUUUACUUAAUAGAGAAUGAGAUGGCUGAUUCCCAGGAGUUUACUAGUAUCCCUGCAUGCUAUUGGUGGGCAGUAAUCACCAUGACAACAGUUGGUUAUGGUGAUAUGGUGCCCAGGAGCAUACCUGGCCAGGUGGUGGCACUCAGCAGCAUUCUGAGUGGCAUUUUGCUUAUGGCUUUUCCGGUAACUUCCAUCUUCCAUACAUUUUCUCGGUCAUACAUAGAGCUGAAACAGGAACAGGAGAGGCUAAUAUGCCGGAGAGCCCAGCUACUGAUGAAGAGUAAGUCUCAGCUAGGCAUUAUCUCACAUGGAAGUGAUAUACUGUUUGAUAGCAUCUCUUCUGAGGUAAAAGACAAUGAUUGAGAGGGAACGACUUACAAUGUACAGCCACUACCAAGGAAAUGGCUAGAGUAUAAGAGUCCUUCAGAUCAGCAGCUGAGCUUCUCUCCCUUCAAGACGAAACUAUGUUGCUUCUAGUAAUGAUACUGACUGUCACCAUAAACCCGGCUCCCAUACAGCUCCAACCAGAUUUAAAGGCAAAUGUUCAAUAUCGGCCAAUAAAAUAAUAUCUAUUUUCUGUAUUACUUCUCCUGCCAAGUGAGAUGAAGUUACCUCGAUUGUUGGGACUUGCAUUCAACAGUUAUACUCCUUCAAUAUUUUCCCUUAUAGUGCAGGUUUUUGAGAGCUGCGGUCCAUGAGCAUUUUUUUUCCUGGUUAGUGCGAAGACAAUACAUUAAAAUCUAAAACUAACGGCAGCUUAAUUAAAGAUGUUUUCUUAUAUAAAGAUUUAAUCUGGGGCCCCUGAAAUUUGGCACAUAUUACCGACAAAGUACCCCUAGAGCAGCUCAUUAUGCCAUAGUUGGCAGGAGCACAAUCUAUGAGGUCUAUUUAAUAAGCCUUGAAGAGAGAUAAAGUGCCAGCCAAUCAGCUUCCUAGCUGCCAUGGUACAGCAUUUGAAAAAUGACACAAGCUAGUUGGCUGGUCUUUUAUCAGUCUCCACUCUAUCUUUCUCCAAGGCUUAGUUAGUAAAUAGACUCCAAGGUCUGUUAAAAGGGCUGUGCAUCCGGUGGCACCACCCAGGGCGCAUGGACAAGGUUGCUACCCUGAAGAUGCCCCAUGUUUUUUAGAAAGGUGCAGAAGAAUUACUUGUUGGGGGUAGGGGUUUUACAAUUGCAUAUCUGCUUUAACAUUUAUAGUGUAGACUAUAAAAAAAUAUAUGUUAUAUAGAUCUGGUUAAACCAUUGUCAUAUAUAUAUAUAUAUAUAUAUAUACUGCCAUCUUAAUUUACACAAUAUGGCUACGUCCUUUUUUGGAGUCUGCAGUCAACAUAUUCUUUUUUUUAUUGUGAUGUUCAAUAUGAGAAGACUGAAAUAUAUUUUAGAAAAGAUAGCGGGAUAAGAAUAUUUUUGAAGUAAUAGACGUGAAUAUUAUAUUUUUCCCGUUAGGAGGGGCCUUUUUGAACAAAGGUGGUUUAAGAAGGGAAUACUUCAUUCAGUGGCUGGCAGUGUUUGUCAUACUCAAAAUGACCUCUGCUUGUAGCAUGUUAACUUUCAGGGCUGGCUUUCAAAAUUCUUCUUAAUAUGACUGACAUUUUAUUAACAGCCAGACAUGGCAACUGAUGCUGAUCUGCCGUAUGCUAUAUAUUUAUCUGCAAACCUAAAAACUCUGUAUAAAGCACUUUAUGCUGCUAGAAGUGUCGCAUUGCAGAAUAAAGCAUUUGCAAUUAAUUAACUUUAUCAUAAACAGAAACUUGUCAAAACAAAAUCAACAAAAAAAAACCUUUAGAUAUAUAAGGGGGUAUCCAAUUAACCCUGAUGCCGUUUCAGGCGAUCAGAACAGCUGGUUAUCGCUAUUAAUGACCGAUGGUCAUCAUCACGGUAUCCAAUUUGAGUCUGUUUUGAUCAGCCGAAAUUGGCCCCGCGAUCACGCGAAAACACAUGGGAUCAGGGAUAAUGUGUUACUGUGGCUCCAGCAGUCCACUUAUCAAGCAUAAUCCCCGAUAACUGCUGGCAUCUGGGGGAGGAGCACGCCGCAUUGGGGCUAAUUGAAUCGUCCCCAGCGAAACAGUUGAAUACCCCCCCCAUAGUCACUCUGAACUGUCAAUAGCUUUAUUAUAACAUUUUUGUUUGUCAGCAUAAAAAAUAUGUGUAGUUCAAAAUCAUAUUUUUUGCCAUAAAUUAUAUUAUAUAUGAGAUUAUUUGUAAAUAUAUGUACAUACAGAUGUGACAACCAGGAUUCCGCUUAAUAAAGUGGUAAAAAAAAAUAUGCAUUUUAAUAUUUUUGUGUGCAAGUGCUUCACCUGUCACAGCUAAAGAAGGUCGAACAAUUUAGA